ACGGCAGUGCAGGAGGAAGAGUCGUCGCCAGAUGAAUUGAAUUUGGAGAGAGAGAGAGAGAGAGUUGACUGUAGGUUUCAGCGGUGAGAGAGAGAGCGAGAGAGGAGACGAGGGUGGAGGAUUAUCAUUUCAUUUCAUUUCAUUAUGGCCACCACUCUCUCUCUCUCUAGAAAGCCCUUCGGCGGGUUGUGGGCUGACUCUCUCUCUCUCUCUCUCUAACCUGCACAUAUAUAUAUAAUAUAUAUAUAUAUGGUUUUGUGAGCAUAUAUAAAGUCAAAAUCGGGGCGACGUUGCGGCGUUUAUCCUGCUCAAAACAUUCGAUCUUUGCUGGACAUUAUUACACGCUGCAAAUUCCUCGACGCCAUUGGAGCAGAAGUGAGGAGAUGGUGCGUUUCUAUCUUCUCCUACAGAACAAAAAAGCAUGGCAAUGAAGACAAGGAAGCCAGUUAUAAUCUUCGUUUAAUGUGGAAGGAAUGUUUGCUUCUCGACUAUUGAGCAUUUUGGAGGCUGUCCCGAGGGAUGUGAAGCAUGAAACCAGUGUCGGGGAAGUGAUCACGAAAGAAAGCCCGAGAACCAAACCUGAUGAUCUUGGAAGUUUUAGGACAGAGGCUGAUCUCGGAUCUUCCGAAAGUAAGAAAUUGCAUCGGCGGGAUGACAUUCCCUCUGAUGAUGAACUCACCGCAGGCGAAAAGGAAGAUCAAAAUGGCGUAAAUGAUAAAGCGAUAGGUUUAGCGAAUGAUAAUUUUGAAGAAGCUAAGCUUGGCAACAUAAGUGAAUGCAGAGAUUCGACUAAUUUAAGGGACUUUGAUGAAACUGAGCUAAAAGUUUGCCGCAGAGAGGUAGAUCGUGUCGUGAAGGACAUACACAUCGAUGAAGGAAAAGACUCGGAAGCUAUUCCUUUGUUCGACAACGCUAACAAAGAUGAAAACAGAGAAAAGAACAGCAGCCAUGGAAAUGAAAAUUCUGCCGACGAUGUAACAGAGGAGGGCUCGACUCAAAAAGAUGAAACAAACGUCGGCAAAAGACUUCCGCUUCAAGAAUUUGGCACCCGAAGUUUCCUUAGAUCGUUUCUUGAUUCUACGGAUGUUGAUUGCAAGAAAUGUUUAUCGCGGGAAGUGUCUUGCGACAGCGCGCAAUCGAACAAACUUCAUUACAACAGUAAAGUGGAAAGCGGAAGCAUUACUUUCAAUUUCAGCGCAAAUCGAAGAGCUGAAAAUGCCGAAAGCGAAGAAAAGAAUGGACACGAGGAAGAAGGGCAUGCUCUGUUUCCCAUGAGCCAUUCGUUUCGUAAAUUCGAUUUUGGCGAGUCGAGCUUCUCGGCAAACGGGCUCGUCCAUUGCUCCGAUCCGGUGCCCUUUUCCGGCAGCAUCUCCCAUCGCUCAGACAGCAGCGCCACAAGUGCGCGAUCCUUCGCCUUUCCAAUACUACAACCAGAAUGGGACAGCAGUCCGGUGAGAAUGACAGAAGCAGAUCGAAGAAACUUCCGGAAGCACAAGGGAUGGCGAUCCGGGCUUCCUUGCUGCUACUUUUAAAUGCAUUUUCGAAACAAUACGUAUAUAGAUCGCGAUAGUUUUGUUAUUACAUAGCAAUGGAAAAUUGCGAUAGUCAUCGACGGUUUGUAGCCUCGGUUACCUAUGUUUUCGAGAACUUAUUACAUACAUCUCAUGAUGUCCUAAGCAUUCACCAAGGCUGAGUUUUUUUGUACUA